UCUUAGAAAUUGGCGGAGUCUGGUUGCCUGGUAACCUGUGGCACGGAGGAAGGCUGCGCGUCACACGUAGGGGGUGUGUCGGCGUGACGUAAGGCGCAAUGGGCCGGCGCUGGUGCUGCGGCUAGAGCUGGAGGAGCGGCGGGUAGUCAGUCUGUGCGCCCUGCUAGCGGAUCACGCUGGAGCCGCAGCCUAUCGCGGUACCGUCCUCCUCCGCUCCGCUCACCUCGGCUCCGCGGGUGUGUCUGUGCGCUGCGGCCAGUGCUCUUCCUCACCCCCCACCCCCGAUGCCCACGUUAUGUCGCGAUAGACUAGGUUGAUGGGGCUCCUAAGGAUUAUGAUGCCGCCCAAGUUGCAGCUGUUGGCGGUGCUGACCUUCGGGGUCGCGAUGCUCUUCCUGGAGAACCAGAUCCAGAAGCUGGAGGACUCCCGGGGAAAGCUCGAGCGGGCGAUUGCACGUCACGAGGUACGGGAAAUAGAACAACGACACUCCAUGGACGGCUCCCGGCAAGACAUAACGCUUGACGAAGAUGAUGACAUUUUGAUUAUUUAUAACAGAGUGCCCAAGACUGCCAGUACUUCCUUCACAAACAUUGCCUAUGACCUUUGUGGAAAAAACAAAUACCAUGUGCUACACAUUAAUACAACCAAAAAUAACCCAGUGAUGUCGCUCCAAGAUCAGAUGCGAUUUGUCAAGAAUGUAAGUUCAUGGAGGGAGAUGAAACCUGGCUUCUACCAUGGACAUAUUUCUUAUUUGGACUUUGCAAAAUUUGGCGUAAAGAAAAAACCUAUUUAUAUAAAUGUAAUAAGGGAUCCUAUAGAGAGGCUGGUUUCGUACUACUAUUUCCUGCGUUUUGGUGAUGACUACAGGCCAGGUCUGCGCCGGCGAAAGCAAGGAGAUAAGAAGACCUUUGAUGAAUGUGUAGCAGCUGGAGGAUCUGACUGCGCUCCAGAGAAACUUUGGCUCCAGAUCCCGUUCUUCUGCGGCCACAGCUCAGAAUGCUGGAAUGUGGGGAGCAAAUGGGCCCUGGAUCAAGCCAAGUACAACCUGGUUAAUGAAUACUUUCUUGUCGGAGUCACGGAAGAGCUUGAGGAUUUCAUUAUGUUGCUGGAAGCUGCUUUGCCGCGGUUUUUUAGAGGCGCCACGGAGCUCUAUCGCUCAGGUAAAAAGUCCCACCUAAGAAAAACAACGGAGAAGAAAGCACCUUCCAAGGAGACCACCGCAAAGCUUCAGCAGUCAGACAUAUGGAAAAUGGAGAAUGAGUUUUACGAGUUUGCACUUGAGCAAUUUCAGUUCGUCAGGGCACACGCGGUUCGAGAAAAAGAUGGUGAACUCUACUUACUGGCACAGAACUUUUUCUAUGAAAAAAUUUACCCAAAGUCAAACUAAGGACACAGUGUGUGCUAUUUUAAUUUAAUGGACUACACCUUUGUUCAUAAGACUUUAAUUUCAGGCCUACAGACUCGGUUGGUAAUUAUACCCUUAAGACGGUUCAUUGGUGACUUGCUAAGGUUGUCAUCAAAUGAGCCAUAUCAAAUGUUCGCCACUAAGAAAACGAGACCUUGAGGUGAUCUCCAAGUACUGCCACAUGAUCAUACUGAUAAAUACAAUAUGUGAGGAUUUAACGUGAGCAAAUGGGCACUGGACAGUCCGGAAUAUACACUGUACAGACAAAACCAAACUAUUUUUCUUUUUUAAACUUUGUGUUUCCUUCCAGUUUUAUUUUGUGUUUUAAUUUGAAAUACUUGUUACUGAACAUGUACCUGUGAAUAUUUAAACACCUUCAAGAUUUGUAUUGACUCAUGCUGCUGUGUAACUUGUCCAUUUUCACACUGGUGCUUAAUUAGAAUACUGUUGGCUCUAAUUAACUAACAACUCAAAGAAAGCAGUAUAUGUAUUUUUUUUGUUUUGUUUUUCUUUUGCUACAUUUUAGUUCCCUAACCAUUGGUUUCUAAAAAGUGGUUCACUUCUUUUUUAUGAAUAAAUGUAUUUAAUGGCUUUUGUUGCUGAACAAAUCUA